UUCAUCUCCUCUCUCCUAAUAAGAGAACUUCUUCUUUCUUCUCUAUCUCUUAUGAGCAUCCCUUUUCGUUCAAGUCUCUUACCUGUAAGUUAGAAGAAUAAACUAUCAAUGGCCAGUUUUGACUCUAGCAAUGAGAUCGAGCUAAAGGCUAAUGAAGAAGUUAUUAGCUCAAGACAAGUGGAAGCUGUGAACGGAAGUGAGAAUACAGAUGGAAAGAAGCUCAAUACCAAAAGUUCUCUCAUCAAGAAGCAGCCAUCAGGAGGAUGGACAUAUGCAAGUCUCUUGCUAGUGAAUCAAGGCCUAGCAACAUUAGCUUUCUUUGGAGUAGGCGUGAACUUGGUGUUGUUCUUAACCAGAGUUCUUGAGCAAGAUAAUGCUGAUGCUGCCAAUAAUGUCAGCAAGUGGACUGGAACUGUUUACCUGUUCUCUCUCAUCGGGGCAUUCCUUAGCGAUUCGUACUGGGGUCGUUAUUUGACAUGUGCUGUCUUUCAGCUCGUACUCGUGCUGGGUUUGGGGCUAUUAUCAAUUGCUUCUUGGCUUUUCUUGAUUAAUCCUGCGGGUUGUGGCGAUGGAGUAAAAGUCUGCAUGCCCUCAUCAUCAGUUGGUAUCGCAAUUUUCUACUUAUCAAUCUAUCUUAUAGCCUUUGGAUACGGAGGGCAUCAACCAACCAUAGCCACUUUUGGAGCAGACCAGUUUGAUGAUUCACAUCCCAAAGCAGUAGAAUCAAAAGCUGCCUUCUUUUGCUACUUCUAUUUUGCGCUAAACACCGGAUCUCUGUUUUCGAACACUAUACUGGUUUAUUAUGAGGAUUCAGGAAAAUGGACGCUAGGCUUCUUGGUUUCGUUAGGUUCUGCAAUUUUAGCCCUAUUGCUGUAUAUGUUGGGGACACCAAGAUACAGGUACUUAAAAGCAUAUGGCAAUCCACUGCCACGCGUUGGCCAAGUAUUCAUUGCCGCGUAUAGGAAGUGGGAUGUUGUGCCAGCUGAUGCUAAUGCCUUGUACGAGGUGGAGGGCACAGAAUCUGCAAUCAAAGGGAGCAGGAAAAUUCUCCACAGUGAUGAUUUCAGGUUCCUGGACAAGGCGGCUACAGUAACACAGAAUGAUUUGUGGGGACCAAACAAUCCAUGGAGGCUUUGCACUGUAACUCAAGUUGAAGAAGCCAAAUGUGUCCUAAAGAUGUUACCCAUUUGGCUCUGUACCAUAAUUUACUCUGUCAUCUUCACGCAAAUGGCAUCCCUUUUUGUGGAGCAAGGUGAUGUAAUGACCGCCAAAUUUGGAAACUUCCACCUUCCAGCUGCCAGCAUGUCUGCUUUCGACAUUUGCAGCGUUCUCAUUUGCACUGGAAUCUAUCGUCAUAUCCUCGUGCCCUUGGCUGGAAAAUUAAGUGGUAACCCCAAGGGAUUGUCUGAGCUUCAAAGAAUGGGCAUUGGACUCAUCAUUGGAAUGCUUGCGAUGAUUGCAGCCGGUGUCACUGAGAUCCAAAGACUCAAAUUUGUGACCCCUGGUGAGAAGAGAAGUUCUUUAAACAUAUUUUGGCAAAUUCCACAAUAUGUUUUGGUUGGUUCAUCUGAAGUUUUCAUGUACAUUGGUCAAUUGGAGUUCUUCAAUGGGCAAGCUCCGGAUGGUAUUAAAAGCUUUGGAAGCUCUCUUUGCAUGGCUUCCAUUUCUCUUGGCAACUAUGUUAGCAGUUUAUUAGUUAACAUGGUUAUGGGGAUUACGGCAAGAGGUGACAGUCCUGGUUGGAUCCCAGCUGACCUGAACGCAGGUCAUAUGGACAGAUUCUACUUCCUUAUCGCAGGUCUAACUGCUAUUGAUUUUGUGAUCUAUGUGUUUUGUGCUAAAUGGUACAAGUGCAUCAACCUUGACGCCAGCGAGAAGGGAAUUCAAUUGGAAGAACAACAUAAUGAUGUGUUUGGAAAAGUUUAAUUUCAAGCUCCUUAGCUCUUUUUAAAGCUCAAGACACAUCAACUCAUCAACUUUGCAUCUUUUCAUUAUAAAUCCUUGUUUAAUAACUUUUUCCAAAAAAAUCCACAUUCCACACGGGAGGCAUGACCUUUAGCUGUAUGAUUGCCUCCUCUGUAUGGUAGGACUUUCCUUUUCAUUCUGAUUUUGAGGUUGGUAAAGUCCAUUGGCUAGUUGCCGGACUUAGUUGUGUUUGUUUGUUGAAGUUUAAGGAUUUGUUAAUGCUGAUCAUGGCUGUUUCCGUUGUUAUUAUCAGUAUCAGUUCUGUUUUGAAUUUA